CGCGGUUACAUGCAUGAAACCUGCCAGGCGAGACUCCCGCCGAAGAAGUACACCAGGAACGACGCCCUUUCAUGCCCGGGUGUUGACCUGGAAGCUCUUCUAAGCGCAGGAGCAGCUGCAUAGUUGGUUGUGCAAGCAUAAAGGUUGGUUGUACUCCAUAGAUUUCCUAAUCCAAUUUCUGAGUUUCAAGCACCGACGCCCGCUCUGGCCUCUGCGAUUGUGCCGACUGACCGUCGCGUGAAGUCUUAGACAAUGUCGGUGACCUCGAGGGGCUCGAGGCGCUCCCACACGCAAUCAAAUCAUUCGCGAUCGAACCAUUCAGGAGGCUCAAUACCUCAGCCGCCGUACGGACAGGCGUUGACGCCCUCCAACGACAACGUGUUCGAGCCUUGCUCCGCGACCGACUCAUACUUCUUGUAUGCUCAGCGAAACGUCAUCCUGUGCCUUCAGCAUGACUCGCUGGCGAUCGUCAGACGCUUCGAAAAGCACAACGAAGAUGUGCAGUUGAUAGUCGCAGAUAACGUUAGCGAUCGGGGAAAUGGCCGGUUAGUCGUGAGCUACGACAGCAGCCUGACCACGAUCGUCUGGGAUGUGAUGACCGGCGAAGAGAUAGCGAGGUUUGCUUCGUAUGAGGAUAUCAGAACGGCAGCAUGGAUGAAGAAUUCGAAUAUUGCUUUCGGCAACUCGCAAGGUAACGUGAUACUCUUUGAACCUUCAACAUCGGAGCAUAUAUCCGCAAGAACUAUAUUCGAUCCGAUCACUGCGCUGGCACCUGCUGCAGACUGCAGAACAUUUGCUUUAGGCUAUCUAAAUGGCUCUAUUCUUAUUGCCACGCUGCAGCCAUCGUUCACGAUUUUACACACUCUAAGUACCAACAGAGCGCCCUCGCCACUUAAUAAGCUCGCCUGGCAUGGAUCAUCUUCAAAGCAGAAGUCUGAUAUGCUUGCCGCGCAAACUAUUGAUGGCGACUUGCGAGUCUGGAGUAUUCCCAAGGCGCAAGGCGCUGACCAGCCAAGUAUCAUCCGCGUGCUUUCAAGAUCCGAGCAUGAGAACUAUGGUGGCGCCUGUUGGUUUGGCUGGUCGAAAAUGGGUAGAAUCGUGCAGUACUCAAACGGAUUAACAUAUGUUUGGGAUGUCCGAACGAAGCGAGUUACAUACGAAUCUGUACCGACUGUAGACGGCCUUAUUGGCAUCACAAAUCAUGGACCAGGAGCAAAGCUGUUCACGCUUGGCCGCAAUCACACUGUCCAACAGUACGAUCUCAACCCAAUGGCGCGUCCAAUGCUCGUACAGAAUGUGCAGCACGUCCCUGGCGCCCUUCCACCCUCGCCUCCGAUAUCCGAUGGACAAGAUGACAAGGGCACACGUUAUGUCACCGCCGAACCUUCAAUGCAACGAAAUUCUAAUCUGCCCCUGUACCUGGACAUCGAAAGCUCUGAUGCAGAAGAAGGGAUGAUGAAAUCUCCUCUGCAGAGGAUAUCGCAACAUAGGGACGACGAAGAUAUGAGCGAGGAGGAGCUUCAAGAGGGUCGUGAUCAACUUGGUCCAUUGAGUCCAGUGUCCAGCAGGGCAUCAACAACCUCUCGUUCCUCACGAGGUGGCGGCCAAAGACGAAGAAAAGAACCACGCGACUAUGAACGCGAUCGCGAAAGGCCAAUGUCACCAGGGAUGCAUAGUACCCAUAGCGGCAGCACGCAUACGACGUUCUCAGUGGGUACGACCUCCAUGCGGAGUGGUUUUCAGCAUCGAGCAAUGCGGGAAAGCGUCUCAACUAGGUCCCUGCUCUCAACCUCGACAUCUGCCUCGAAGUCGAGCAAAACCUCACGCCUUCGGCAGGAAGUCUUGAGAAGUCCAGAGGAGACUAAGAACACUAUGUUGAUGGACCUCUUCCCGUACACCAAGGCGCGACUUGCGGAAGUUGUCUUCCGAGCUCCUCAAUACGACCAGAACCGUCGUACACCGGACGACCUUCGGAACCAAAUGCUUGACGUGGUGUUUGGAUGGACUGAUGACAUUGUUGAAUUGAUUAAGGAAGAACUGUCGCAUCACCCACCAAGCUCUGCCAGCGCUGUUCUGUUGGCUAAGUGGUUGGGUGAUCUUGGAGCUGACAUUGCUGCUUCGAUGAUUGGAUCCGAGUCAAUGACUUCGUCUGACUGGAUGCUGCUCGCGCUAAGCACCAUGGGCCAAGACUCGCAAAAGAAGGUCGGCGAAGCCUUUGUCCAGCGACUCCUUGAGAAAGGCGACAUCCACCCUGCCGUGUCCAUCUUGCUCGGCCUUGGAGAGUAUAACGAGGCGGUUGAGGUCUACGUCUCGAGAAAGUACUAUAUGGAAGCUGUCUUGCUCACGUGUUUGCUGUUCCCAACGGAUUGGGGCAGGAUAUCACACUUGGUCCGGAAGUGGGGUGAAGUUGUGAUGACUCAGGGUCAGCCUGAACUUGCCGUCCGAUGCUUCUCAUGUACAAGCAUGGAGUCGUCAGAGCCGUGGUUUUCACCACGUGCUCAAGAUGAGGUCUAUGCUCUACAGCAAAAGAUUCUAGCUCCGGACACACCUUCUAGCGUCGGUCCCUCUCCAGUUUCUCCUGGAACUCGUCGAUUGCUUCCCAAUCAGGCCGGCCUGAGGCUUGUCACAAACUUCAGUCAAAAGGCGGGCCCAGCUGAGCUGGCGACUGCGAUCGAUGACAAGACUCCAAUGGUCUUCUCCCCUGCCGAGCGCAGAGACAGGCGACACGAUCCAAUGUCUGCAAUGUCCACACGCACAGCCACUCCGGGCGGCUUUGCUCGCCGACGAUUUCCUUCGACUUCUCGCAGUAGAGGCUACGAAACCACAACACCUCAGGUGGACUCGAGUCGAUUUGAGUACCCUAAUACAGCCGUAAAAACGACUCACUCGGAAGUGAGUUCUGUCGUGUCUUCUCGCGCCCGCAGUGUUUCUGCUAGCCAAGCUGGAUCUUUUCUGACAGAAUCUACCUAUCAAGAAAAUGACCGUGGGCGGGAGGGUCUUCCUUCCCCAGCUCUCGACCGUUUUCAUAAGCAUACCCCAUCACGAAGUGGGGGUAGCGAGCGAAACAAGGAAGGUUUGAUACUACGUAUCGAGGAUGUUAUAGUUGAUUCCUCUAUUCCAAGCUCCAUCCCGACGGGUGCUUCCGCAAGCGAGUUCGCGCAGAUAGCCGCGGGAAGCCAGAGCGGCGCAACAAGCCAGCAACGAGGUAUCGCGGGCUUGCAGAGUAAUCCAUCCGACAUGGUUAACUCCAAGAUUCGCAGUAUUGAUGAGUACAUCAACAGCUUGAACGAUGCUCACACUCAAGGGCGAACUCGCGCGGAAAGUCGUUCUAGGAACGCGGACAGACCGGGAAGUCGUACAGCGCACAGAGCUCCGUCUGAACGACAUGGCAGAGACAAUACGAAGUAUAUACGGCCAGCGAAGCGCUCGCCGUCGUCACCAAUUUCCAUGUCUCCGGACGACCCGGCUCUUCAACUUAGCCGUUACGACCUCAGCAGUGUCACUGAUGCGGAGAGUUUUUACAAGCUCACCGAGCCAAACGAGCCAGUGCGACCCAGGGAGCGUGAUUUGAGCAGAGACCCAGGCGGAAGAGCAGGUUCACGAGCAACGUCGCGUGACGGUCGAAGGACUCGAUCUCGAAGUCGCGCGACUACAUCAAGGCAAGAUGCUUACGAGGAACACGACCGCAGUGGACGUGGACGUAGUGCAAUUCGCCGUGAAGAAUCGCCGCCAAGAUCUCCACCUUCACCCCGCCCAAUGUCACCUUCAGGUUCUACUAUGAGUAGAUCGAAGGUUGGUGAGCGAGUUCGUGAACGUAGCAUGAGCCGUCGUCCUGCCGAACAACGCCGACAACAGUCGCCUGAGCCUGUCGCUACGGGAAUGCGAAGGCCAUCAAAGCCAGCGAUGCCUAGGCUUCAGACUAAUCUUUCAGACAGUGCCCCUAUGUCACGAACUCGCAAGGACAUAGCUGCCGAGGAGCUUGAGGCUCGACGUCUUUCUCUGUUGCGCAAGCCCUCAGCACCCCCAGUCAUCCACCCAGACGAAUUAGGAUCCAGGUCGGCGAUUGAGCCUUCUGUCGACCCCAGCUCUCUCUUCACAAUUGCCAAUGAUCUUCAGGCAAUGCGAGGCCACACGGCAGAUCCACACGCUCUUCGUAAGGUCACAAAUCAGGGAUCUGGUACCUCUACCUCUUCAGCACAAAUUGGGCUCCCAGCAACUCCUCGAGCUAUGCGUCACCCAAAGGACAUGGCGGGAUCAGGCGAACCUGUACCUGCUGUACCCGAGAUUCCUGUUGGAUAUGCCGGUCCCAGUGCACCGGCAUCAUCUCAAGAGCAGCCAGAGGUUCUCACGCUCUUGCCCACAUCCACCUAUAGGCCUCCAACUGGCCCACAUUCGCGAUCUGCUUCUGCUCCACCAGAGAAGUUUCAAGGCCACCAUCGACGAAUCUCGAGUGCCCACAGUAGACAGAACUCCAGGGAUGACAAGAAGGACAACAUUACCGUCGUAUCUCCAGGCGCGAAUGGUACUCUGCAGUUGUCUCGUAACAUAGAUGAGGCCAUUCGUGAGUCACAGGUGAUUAUCGUCGAGCAACCCGAGACGCUAGAAGCUGCUCCGCCAAUGUUGCCGGAGUUGCAACAUCUUGCAGGUCCACCACCACCUCCACCUCCGCCUGCGCCAGUAGCUCCUCCAGUCCAUUCCACGUCUCUGAAUGAAGGAGCCAACAUGAGUGCUCCUGUCGAAGACCAAACGCAGCGAGUAUCUCCACAGAUUGAGACUCCACCCAUUGAAUCAACUCCUAUGCCUGAUCCAUCUGCAACCCCAGCCCACGGGCACAGACGGGGUAGAAACAGCAUCUCGGAAAGUGUGGGCUCAAGGAUCCGAGGGGCUUUUGGAGGCAAUCGUCAUCGUGACCGGAGUGCUAGCAGACAACGCCCGGUAAUCUCACCACCAGUGCCAACGAAUCAUGCGCCCUAUGAGAGCAUACAGCCACAGCGACGCCCUAGUCAGCCCAACGUUCCACAGAUGCGUGCAGCUGUGCCGUACGAAUCAAUUGCUCGCGUGACUUCUCCGCCUCAGCAAAGUCACCAAGCUGGUCCAGCGCUUCUCCCAUCAACGACAUACCAGGGUUAUCGAAACCCUAAGGAAAUUGCCCGUCAGAUGCGCGAGCGAGAAGAGCAAGCCAUGAUGGCCGCUGGCUUGGACCGCGCUGGUGCUUCCACCGCGCCGCCCAGAUCGACUUCCAAAGUUCGAGCCAAUAUGCCACCCAACUGGACCCAGGCUGGCGCUGAACCACCGCCGAUCUAAACUAUCUUAUAACUAUUGAAAUCAUCGCUAGGCAUCCCCAAUGCAUACGCUAUCUUCACACACUGAAAAUCUUACGAUUGUUACGGCCACCACGAUACCAUUCACGCAUAAUCAUAUAUCCUAAGUUCGUCACCGGAUACCCUUUAGCAUAACACACUUGUUCUUACAUUCAAUUCUUUUUUUCACAAAUGCAACGGCUGCAUAAAUUGCCUUGAAGGAUGAAGGGCUAAAGAUUGGUGUGAGCGAGCGAAUCUGCAUGUUUAAUUCUUCUGAGGUUCUUUUGGGAGCCAGCGCGUCAAGGUAUUGUCUCGCAAAUUUGAGCUCUCCAACACACCGAACGAAAAUGAUCGAGAAAAAAAAAAUCAAGGAGAGCUUCACAGACCACGCUUCGCAGCGACAUCUCUGAGACCUAAGGCUACCCGUUCAUGUAUCAUUAAUAGUCACUCUUUUGUCUCUUCGAGAGAUAUAUUGUUGGGCUGGGGCUGAAUUCUGGAGAUGGUAUUCUUGUAUCUAGAAAGCAUGGCAUUCAAUUAAGUCGUUUCAGAAUCUCUUUCAACAACUAGAAGUAUUACUUUGUGC